AUGUUUUUUCGUUACAAUUCGCCAUUUCUAUUUAUUAGGAAAGGAAAUGACAUUGAUGAGUGUUAUUGUAGGAAGUGAAGCCCCUUAUAGAUCUCAUGUCUGUUAGAACCUUGGCUGUUAUGUUGUGUGAAGUUGAUGGUUCACACUGAGAAACAGAUGCCUGAAAAGAAACAGCAGUGUUCUGCUAAAAAUAUAAAUAUGGGAUCAAGAUUUCCACCUGACAAGAUCAAUUUAAGACUUAUCUUAGUAACAGGGAAGACAAAGGAAUUCAUUUUCACUCCAAGUGAUUCAGCAGCAGACAUUGCCCAACACAUUUUUGAUGACUGGCCCCAAGAAUGGGCAGAUGAAGGUGUAUCGAAGGCAGAGAUUUUAAGAUUGAUUUAUCAAGGGAGGUUCUUGCAUGGAAAUGUUACUCUAGGAGCCCUACAGCUUCCACUAGGGAGGACAACAGUUAUGCACCUAGUACCAAGAGAAAAUUUACCUGAACCCAGCUCUCCAGAUCAAAUACUGAAGAGUAAAGAAAGGAGAAGUAGAUGCUGUAGUUCCAGUUGCUCAAUAUUAUGAAAAGAAGGAGUAGGGAUGUAGGGUAUUUCAUUAGAAAAAAAUAAAGUUUUAGUUGGACCAGAAUAUUUAAAAACAGAGUUUGGGAUUCAACUGUAUCUUGAGCAUUUAGUCAAUAUAUCCUGGGUUCAUCUUGUAAAAUAUCAUCAGUGUAUAGUCAACAUAUCUCCAAGCUGGCUCCAUCUUGUAAAAUAUCAUCAGUGUGUAGUCAACAUAUCUCCAAGCUGGCUCCAUCUUGUACUGUGAAACAUCAUCAGUAUUUAGUCAAUAUAUCCCCAAGCUGGCUCCAUCUUGUACUGUGAAACAUCAUCAGUAU